AUGAAUAGCAGUCGAUUGUCACUCCAUAGAGCUCCCACACCUGUGGAACAGCAACUCUCACAACUUCGUAUCAAUAUUUUAAAUGUACAACUACCAGCAUCAACAAAGCUCGUGGAUAUUUUGGUUAUCCUUGAAGUAGAUACAAAAUACACCUACAGAACAGAAAUUAUUAAAAAGAAACAAAAACCACUACCGCAGAUUCCUUCACUUUCUACUAAUGCGCCGACCACAGCUAUGAACAGUAUGAAUCCAUCUGUGUCAACAAUUCUUAAUCCUUCUUCGCAUCUAACAGUAAAUGUGAAUGAAAGUUUUGAUGUUUUGGUGACAAAUAAUUCAAAAAUACUCUUGAAAGUUAUCGCACCCACACGUUUAUUUGGAACAAAUGAUAUUGGCCACGUAAACUUUGAUAUAAAAACAAUUUUAAAUGAAUAUAAACUAAAACAACAUACAUUCUCAGAAACAUCACCACCGUCUUAUAGAACAGAAUUACUAUUUGAGAAUACUUCUAGAAGAACGGCCGAUCGGUCCAAUAACAGUGAAACAACAACAAACAAAGAUCGUGGAUCAAUUGAAAUUUUAUUAUACGGAUCUAUAUUGAAGCAAAAUGAAAAUACUAUUAAUAACAAUAAUAAUGAAUCUAAUCCACAAGGAGAAAAUAAUGCUUCAUUAAAUAACACAAGAUCAUUAUCCAUUUGCCAACAGGAUCACCGGCAAACAACGCCGACAACUUUAAAUCGUCAGUUAUUAACUUCGCUAGAAAAUCAUUCCACACUCAUAGAGCCAACAAUGACUGACUCGAAUGAUGUUCCACAAUCAACACCUCGAAAUACUCUUAGGCCACUUUCUGCACGAGAUACUGAUACUGGAACAGCAUCUACAAGACAAGGCUCAGGUUCAUCGCAGUCUGGUAUAGUCUCAAGUAGAUCUCGCUCAAGAAGACAUCAUAAUCCUCAGUCAGCUCGACCAACAAAUAGUACUACUCCAGUCACUCCAAAUAAUUUGCCUGUGCCUACAACUACUGAAGUUGCUUCAUCAACAUCACAAUUAUCAGGUGACAAAGACUUGUUGCCGCAGGGAUGGGAGUUACGCUAUGAUGCACACAACAGACCAUACUAUGUCGAUCACAAUACAAAAACCACUACAUGGUUGAGAGAAAAUGUACUUCCAUCAGGAUGGGAAAAACGCGCAGAUGCACAAGGAAGAAUAUACUAUGUUGAUCACAAUACGCAGACAACCACAUGGAUUCUGCCAACUGCUCUUCAUUUACAAAAUUUUGCCAACUGGCAGAAUCAAUAUGCCAGAAGCCAUUCAAUGUUCAAUCAGUUUGAACAUCGAUUUCUACCGCCGACAGCGCAUCCAGGAGCAAUAACACAACCUACCACACUAGGUUCGGAAAAUCCAUCAGAGAAUGCCGCAUCAGCAACGGCAGUAGACGAAAUUCCAUUACCACCAGGCUGGGAACGAAAACUCGAUAGGCAAGGGGUUCAAUACUUUGUCAAUCAUUUGAGCAAAACGACACAAUGGGAAGAUCCUCGAAAAAUGAAUAGUGCUGCAACUAAUGAAGAAUUGCCAAGUGGUUGGGAAAUGAGAUAUACCAAAGAAAGACAACUGUAUUUCAUUGAUCAUAACAACAAAACAACAACAUUUCAAGAUCCAAGAAUUAGUGCAGAUGUUUUGAGUGGGAAACAAGGUUCACAAAUUCCAAUCUAUCAACGCAGUUUACCAUUUAAAAUUGAACAAUUUCGUUAUUUAUGUCACACAAAUGCCACACAUGGACAAUUAAAAUUGACAAUAAGACGAGAGCAUUUAUUUAACGAUUCAUACGCCCAUAUUAUGCAAUGUCAAUCGUCAGAGUUACGCCGUCAUUUAUAUAUUAUUUUUAAAGGAGAAGAAGGUUUAGAUUAUGGUGGAGUCGCACGUGAAUGGUUUUUUCACUUAUCGCACGAAGUUUUAAAUCCAAUGUAUUGUUUAUUUGAAUAUGCAAACAAGAAUAAUUAUUACUUACAAAUUAAUCCGGCAUCCAGUAUAAAUCCGGAUCAUUUAUUAUAUUUUAAAUUUAUCGGUCGUUUCGUUGCUAUGGCUUUAUAUCAUGUAAAAUUUAUUGACAAUGGUUUCUCACUGCCAUUUUAUAAACGUAUGCUAGGGAAAAGAUUGACAAUACAAGAUUUAGAAUCGUUAGAUCCUGAUUUUUAUAAUUCAUUAGUAUGGAUUAGAAAUAAUAAUUUGAAUGAUAAUGACGAUUUAGAAUUAUAUUUUAAUUCGAGUUUUGAACUUCUUGGUAAAGUUGAACAUGAAGAAUUAAAACCAGGUGGAAAUGAAAUUAAAUUAACGGAAGAGAAUAAAGAAGAAUAUCUGGAAUUAAUAACACAAUGGAGAUUUAAUAGAGGCAUAGAACCACAAACAAAAGCAUUUUUAACAGGCUUCAAUGAAGUAUGUAUCCUUCUUAUCUUCAAUUUAUACGAAACGAAUAACUCCCAGAAGCAAUUUUUGAUCUAGUAUUACUAUUCAGCACUUGUAUCACUAUUAAGACGGCAUGCUUAGCGGUUAUGUUGUUUGGCACGUACUUCAGACGUACCGUGUUCGAUUCUCGGCGCCGGCAGGUCAUGUAAUAGCCUUGAUCAAUUUACUUAUGUCGUAGUGUCUUGAAUCAACCGUCCGUCAGCAUACUCACUACGUUGUGACGUACAAUACAGUUCCUCUGACUAGUUCGCGUAGCUUUCUGGAAAGCUAGUACAUGGCUAGUGAGCGCUUAUGGGAGGUACCAUUCUGGGCCCCUCAUUUUGGGCUUUCCGUAGAAAUGCCGCGAAAUAAAAACUAAACUCACUAAGGCUUCAUAUUUUCAGAACUGAUUGAAAACUAAAUGGAGCACUUUUUCGUUUUGUUUCAAGUUUUUAACUAUUGCCGUUCACCAGUUUUUUCAUUGACCACAUUACGAACCCCCUUAAAUUUCAUCCGUGCUAUUUUUUUGGUGGUGAAUUAGGAUCAAUUAGCGUUUAAUCUUGAGUGCGUUAUUUUCUAACGUCUUGACUUAGAGACACGAACAUUUCAGCACAAAUACAACUUGGAUCAGACUAGAAACCGGUGCAAGUCCAGACUAUAGAGGUGGUUUUAUUAUCAAGUUAUAGAUUGCGCUACCGCUACUACUUCACCAUUCAUUAUCUAGUGCGUAACCAGCUCAAUAAGACUCAGCCAUUUAGACUAGGUACUAGAAGAGUGAAGUGAUAAAACAGCAAAAGAAAAAGUUUGGACUUCCAAGAGGAAUGCAAAAUAUUGAAUUUUUAGUAAAAUUUCGGCAUCGACGGAUAGACUCA